UCAGUCUUCGUUUGCCGAGCGUCGUACGCGCAAGUAUCCAACAGAUACGCGGAUAGACGGGCCCCUACAAAAACAACAGAAAAUACCCUAAAAAAGAAAAAAAAAUAAAGAAAUAGAAGAAGUACUUUCUCAGAAAUUGAGAAAAUGUUACCACAAAACCACAGGCCAAACAAAUUUACCAGCAAAAGCGAAUGUUAACCAAUAAAAAAGCGUUAAAUACUAACUAGAAAGUGGCGAAAAAAGCAACCAAAGAAUACAUAUAUCCGAUAUAUCUUUUGUGUGGCAUCAGCAGCUUUUGAAAAUUUGCCAGUGACAGUACCCCAGGAAAAAAUAUCUGAAAUGGAGUUCUCCAUGAUUUAAACAAAAGUGUCGAUUUAUUGGGAAAGGAAACACACUCACCUGCGGGUGAUAGCUUUAGCGAUGAGCUGCCUGCAUUUGAAGAACUUUAAACGCGCCAAGUGGUCGCCCCUUUUAGCCAGGAGUUAAGAAGCCACAGAUAUAACCCACACACAGACACACAUAUAAAUACAUUCGAAAGAAGGACCUUUUCAAGGAUAUACCAUACACAGAAGGACCAUAUUUGAGUGGUGUUUUUGGCAGGAGGCUUCUCCAGGAUGCAGCUGGUGCCGUGGGUGCUGCUGGCCCUGAUGCUGGCGGAUUAUAAUCCAUCGCUGGCCCAGCGACCGCUGAUCAUGAACCACACGUUCAGCUCGCUGCCCAUGUCCCAGCAUGCCAGCUUCACCAACAGUUGGCCAGGUGCCUCCUCCUCUGCCGGAUCCACGGGUAAGCAACUACGCAACGGCCGGCUCCAUGAGCAGCCGCUGCCUUUGCCGCAGCCUACCUCGCCAGUGGUCACUCAGUACGAGGAUUACGAGGUGGCUCCCGGAUCGCCAGGCUCACGCAGGGAUAACAAGCGACGGUUGGCUCAGCUGGCGCCGGGACUGCUGCCACGUCCUAGCGGCAGCAAUGGACGCCGUGGCAUUGAAUCGCUACGCAAGGAGCUAAUGAAUCCCUCGGUUGGUGGUCCUGGCGGUGGCAUCUCCAGCAGCAGUGCCGGAUAUCCCUCCUACUCGGCCACCUCCUCCAUCGGGCGGAUCGAUGGCCUAGGACAGGGCAUUGGCUCGGCAGAUCGCUAUGGCGAACAGCUGAGACAGCCCAGCGGCAUGGCUGCCAUGACAGCGGGUCCGCUGGGAGGAGCCUACUCCACUAGGUUUCCUCCACUCUACGGUGUCGAUGACAACCCAAAGCGAAUGUAUCCGCGCAAGAAUUCCAUCAGCGAGCUGUAUAAGCUAAAGACACGGCUUAACCAGGCGGAUGAGCCUGCUGGUGGUGUGACGCACGGCAACUUCGACGGCGAUGCCCAGGGAGCUUCGGCCUCAGCGGACCCUUUGCAGGAGAUCAAGGACAGGAUAAGGGAUACGUCUCCGAAUGCGAACACCUACGCUCCUCUCACGGAUGCCACGCCCUCGUCGGAAUACGAGUACGAACUGGGCGUUAAGUGCAACUUCGAAUCGCCGUGCAGCUGGACCUGGGAUGAGUAUCCCGAUGGCUUCCAGGUGAUCAGUGGCACAGAGCUGGCCAAGCGGAAUCUCACUGGACUGCUGCCAGGGCCCGUGGCGGAUAGUAUUGACGAUGCCACUGGACACUUUCUGUAUGCCCGAGUCCAGCCCAACUCCCGGCCCCUGAAUCUCACCUCCCCGGAGUUUAGCACAACCAUAGAAAAGUGCUACCUGGAGGUGUAUAUGCAUCAGAGCGACAUGAGCCAUGGACUGUCCAGGGUAGUGGUGGAACCACUGCACACACAGGAGAGCAGCUGGGUGCCGGCAGAGAUUCAAGGUGACAAUGUGCGUCAGUGGACAAGAAAGGUGUAUCGCCUGGGACGUGUUUCCCGGGAUUUUCGUAUUGUUUUUGAGAUUGUUCCUGAUCUGCGGCCCGGGCAGAAGGGACACGUGGCCCUGGAUAAUCUCCGCAUGGUGAACUGUUUCCCCGAGGGCACCAAGUCGGAGAAGUGCAGCACCUCCCAGGUCAAGUGCACCUCCAACAAGGUGCCCGUGUGCAUACGCCUGCCGCGCAUUUGCGACAUCACCAAGGACUGUGACGAGGCGGAGGAUGAGCAGCAGUCAUGCGACAAAAUCCCCUAUGGCGGUCGCUGUGACUUCGAGGAGGACUGGUGCGGCUGGCGUGACUCUGGCAAGACAGUGCUCACCUGGUCCCGGCACACGGGCUCCUCACCCACCCACGACACUGGCCCGGAUGGCGAUCACACCAUGCAGCAUCUCUUGAACAACACCAGUGGCUACUACAUGCUGGUCAACAUGAACCAGCACAUGAACAACUCCGAAAAGAACUCGAACAUAGGCUUUGCCAGCAAUGCCGUUAUGGUGAGCAAGACCUUCAAUCCACCGCCCUCGGUCCAUGGAAAUCCGGACUCGCCCUAUCGAAACUCCUGCGUGGUGAGAUUCUUCUUCCAUCAAUUCGGCAAGAAUCCGGGCAGCAUCAAUCUCUCUGUGGUGGAGAUGAAGGAGAAGGAGAAUAUUACCACCACACUUUGGUGGAGCACCAAAAACCAAGGCAGCGAUUGGAUGAGAGCGGAUUACGUUCUGCCCAACAUAACGUCCAAAUACUAUCUACAAUUUGAGGCUCGAAUGGGCAUGAGAAUCUACUCGGAUGUGGCUGUGGAUGAUUUCUCGCUGAGUCCCGAAUGCUUUGGCCUUAAUAUACCGGAGGAUCAUCUUGGUGGCUACAACUAUUGGGAUGUCAGGCAGAAUCUUAAGAGUCCCACGUACAAAGAUUUUGAAUAUACAAAUUAUCUUGAGCUAACCAGCUGCGACACUCGAGGCAUGAUAGGACCCACGCAGGCUCAGUGUGAAGCUGCCUACAAGGAGCAGAAUAAAACCCAUGUCCUGCGGGAAGUUCAUGUGGUGGAAGACCAGAGCAGCUACAAGGGCAUGCAGAAGUGGAAGGUGCCCAACGAGGGUCACUACACAAUCAUCGCCAAGGGUGCCAGCGGAGGACUGGGCUCCGGCGGCGUUGGCAGCUCGCGAGGAUCAGUGGCCGUGGCCAUUCUGGAGCUCCAUAAGCACGAGGAACUUUACUUCCUGGUGGGACAGCAGGGCGAGAAUGCCUGCAUUAAGUCCAUGGGUGUGCUCAAGGAAGCCGGUUGUGGCAACGAUCAUGAUCUCGAUUUGGGCCAAUACAGCUUCCGGUCCAAGCAGGAUAUGGUGAAGAAUAUCUAUAUCGAAAAUGGUGCCGGCGGCGGAGGCGGUGGAUCCUAUGUCUUCCUGCUGAAUCAAGCCAAGAAUGAAGCUGUACCUCUCCUUGUGGCUGGUGGCGGUGGAGGCUUGGGCAUUGGUCAGUACAUAGACGAGGACUUCCAGCAUGGCCAGAAGGUGAAACCUUUGCAGGCUCCAGAAAGUGGCCAAAUCAAUGGGGAACCGCUGAACAAAAAGACUGCCGGACCCGGCGGCGGAUGGAGAGCCAAGGAGGAUCAGGCCUUGAGUCCCACCUAUGGAGCUGCCCUGCUCCAGGGCGGUCGUGGUGGUCACUCGUGCUAUGUUGAGCUGGCGGACAAUGGAACCUCUGUCCACCGACAUGGCCAAGGUGGAUUUGGCGGCGGCGGAGGUGGCUGCAAUACUGGCGGAGGAGGCGGAGGCUAUGCCGGAGGAGAUGUCUAUCUAACGGAAUCCAAUGGCGAAGGAGGCAGCUCCUUUAUCAGUCCCAGCCGCAGUCUCCGGGAGAUAAGCGAUGUCCAUGCAGGCGCCAGCAGUGGUUCGGGUGCCAUCAUCAUUAUACCGGCUAUCGAAGGCUGUGGCUGCGACUACAGGUGUGUGGCCCUGGAUGAGUUCCGGUCCAAGGUGCGCUGCAUCUGUCCGGAUGGCUGGAUUCUGAAGAGGGAUAACCACACCGCUUGCGAGAUUCGCGAAGAGGCGGGCAAGUCCUCCUUCCAGUACCUGGUCUCCAUCCUAAUGAUUUCGUUGUGCGUCCUCUUCAUCUGCAUUGCGGCUCUGAUCUUUAUGUUGUACAACCGCUACCAAAGGAAGAAGCAAUCCAAGAAACGCCACAAGAUGCUGGUCGAGCAGGACCUUCAACUUACUCGUCUGCGCAACAACAUCGAUGACUCCAAUCUUAACAACUUCAAUCCCAACUAUGGCUGCGAUGGCAUUCUGAAUGGACACAUAGAUGUCAACAGUUUACCCCAAGUGGCACGCGACAGUCUCCAGUUGGUCAAUGCCCUGGGCAAAGGCGCCUUUGGUGAGGUCUACAUGGCCUUGUAUCGCCAUCGCGAUGGUGAUGCCGUGGAAAUGGGCGUGGCUGUGAAGACUCUGCGCGAGGAUCCUAAGAGAGAAAAAGAGGAGGACUUUCUGAAGGAGGCCGCCAUCAUGGCCAAGUUCAAUCACCCGAAUAUGGUUCACUUGAUUGGCGUCUGCUUCGAUCGCCAGCCGUACUAUAUAGUCCUGGAACUGCUGGCUGGCGGGGAUCUGCAAAAAUUCCUGCGCGAAAACAGAAACACCCCGGAACGUCCAUCUCUGCUGACCAUGAAGGAUCUGCUCUUCUGCGCCCUGGACGUGGCCAAGGGAUGUCGUUACAUGGAGAGCAAGCGAUUUAUUCAUCGUGACAUCGCCGCCAGGAACUGUCUGCUGAGCAGCAAGGGUCCCGGCCGAGUGGUGAAGAUUGCAGACUUUGGCAUGUCCCGGGACAUCUACAGAUCGGACUACUAUAGGAAGGGCGGCAAGGCCAUGUUGCCCAUUAAGUGGAUGCCGCCGGAAGCCUUCCUCGAUGGCAUAUUUACGUCCAAGACCGAUGUCUGGUCCUUUGGCAUUCUCCUGUGGGAAGUCUUCAGUUUGGGCCGUUCGCCAUAUCCCGGCCAGCACAAUACACAGGUGAUGGAGCUGGUGGUGCGUGGCGGCCGAUUGGGAUCGCCCACCGAGUGCCCCGUCUCCAUAUACAAGGUGAUGGCCGAUUGCUGGAAUCCCACGCCCGAAGACCGGCCCACAUUCAUCAGUCUGCUGGAGCACCUGACCGCCUGCACCCAGGAUCCGAGCAUCAUGAACGCUCCGCUGCCCAAUAUCCUGGGACCGACGGCCUCCGAAAGGGAUGACACCGUCAUCCGGCCGCCCAAUGGCGAGGAGUUCUGCCUGGCGGUGCCAGAUUAUUUGGUGCCCCUGCCACCGGGUGGCCACACCAACCCAGCCAUGGCCAGCGGCUCCGGCUACGUGCCAGAGUCGCAGCGCCAACAGAUGAGCUCAUGCACUCCGCCGGCAGUGACCUCGCCAGCUGCCCCACAUCCCCGGCCAGUGGAGAAUCCAGCUCCCACCAGCGGCGAUUGCUGGGAGACGUCCUUCAUUCUGCCCAACGCCAAGACGGAACAACCGUCGGCCGGUGGUAGCAAGGAUAUACCUCCUCUGGCCUCCGGCGAAGAUGCCAAGCUGAUUAGCUUGGACACCCCGCAGCCCACGCCAACCACGAUCCAGCCGCCCUUAUCCUUUGCCUCCCAACUGGACGGCAUCACAUUGGAUCCCUCGACGCUGUCCAAGAGCCUGCCCAAUGGGAGUGCCAAGCAGUCGUAUGCCAACGUUCAGGUGAAGAACGAAAUGGAGGCCAAGGUCAGCAAUGGGGGAGUGGUGGCCAAUGGAGGAGGACCCGUGAUGAACGGCGACAUCUCGACGGGAUCGACGACGGGCGGUGCAGACUCACCGUUCACCAUUCAGGGUUAUGCGGAGCGUUACAAGGACAACAACAAUCAUUCCGAAAUCAGUUGUUAGGAGCACAGGGAAAAGUCAGUCCUCGAAAAAAUGGGAGUAUAGUUCCAAAAUCAGGAAUAAGUCUGAAAUAAUCUGGAUUUGCUUUAAAGUUUUUAUGUUGUUUCAAGAUUUUCAAAAUCUUGUAUUCAGACAAUUUGAACCUUAGCUUUUCUUUUAAAAACAAAAAGUAAAGACCCAAAAUAUUUAGUCUUCUUCAGAGAAUUACGUUUUUCUUAAGAUUUUAAAAAUCAAUUUUCAAAAGUCGCAAGCUUCAGGUUUUUUAUAAAAUAAAAAACUGAAAACAAUUUCAAAUUUCUAUUUUAAAUUAAAAUCAUAAUAAUUCCAUAAAUUUCAUUAGUUAAAACAUACUUAUUUAUGUUUUUCGAAUUAUAUUCCCAAUCGAUGGAAGCAUUUUUUCUCACAGUGCACACUCUGCAACGCCCGGGAGUCAGUCUUGUUUUUGGGGGCAAUCACCAUUAGUUUGCGCCUCAUCAGCGCAUUAAAUAUAUAUUUAUAUAUUUAUUCUUGAAUCUUAAAAAGAGAAAAAACCCAAGAAUAUGGUUGAAACAAAAACCGAGUGAGAACUUCACAAGAAAAAACCAAAUGAAAAUUGUAUUGUAAUUUAAACAUCAAUUUGUAUUGUGUGGACUUGCAAGACAAAUGCAAAGUAACACUUAAACUUAGUUGGAAUACAUAGUUUAAAUUUUUACCAGACAUUAGUUUUGCAAAAACAAAAACAAAAUUAAAAAACGAUAAGACAUACAUUUUUGCGAGAGGUUGUAUAUAUAAAUUGUAACUAAGUUUUACACGUACGGUUAAUUAAGUUGAACUAUUUUAAUUUCCUUUUAUUUUGUUAGUUACCUUUAGUUAAUGUUUUAAGCUGAUGACUGAAAUGCCAAACAAUAUUCCUAAAGUAAAAAGAAAAAACAUAACAAACAAGAGGGGUCAUACGUUAGCUUAUUUUUAAUACUCAGUCCAGAACCGGGAACCAAGACGCCAACUCAAUGCUCUAAUGUGUCAUUUGAAGUUCACAAUAAUACCACAAAUGUAGUCAAAGGAAAGAUAGAGAUAUGCCAAAGCAGACAUACACAUGACACACGUUUUUAACAUAGGAUAUUUUUUAAUUUAGGGUUCUCAAUUCUCUUAUUGUUUACUCCAAGCGAAAUAAAGAAAAUGAAAAAACAUAUAGUGUAAAUAAGAAGCUUCCGUCAUAGCGAAAUUACGUAUAUUGUAUGUAUUUAAAUAAGACUAUUUAAGCGAAAAAAAACAGAGUAGCAAGUCAGGCGGUAGAAGAGAAACUACAAUUUACAGGGUGAUUUUUAUGAAAAUUCAGUUGUAUGUUUGAAAAACAGAAAUUUAGCAUUAAUGAAACAAGCGUUGAAGAGUAACGUUCAGCUCGAUUUGGGUUGAUCACAAAAUGUUGUAAAAUAUAUAUAUACAUACAUAUAUACUUUCAGCACACAGCCCUGGCCCCGGCCCUGUAUUUGUUCAUCAUCAUUAAUGCUCUUUUUUCAGGUGUUGAUCGGAAAAAUUCGAAUUCGAAAUUUUGUACAUUUAGUUGGAACGUAACAAACAAGCUUUAAAUUAUAUAAUUUUUAUAAAGAUAUAUUAACGAUAUACAAGUGAGGCGACAACAUUAUAUAUAUUUAACCAAGCAGAAAAAGAAAAUAAAUAAAUUAUACAAGCAGUAAAAUUUGAUUACACUGAGGUAAUUUAUGUAUAUGUACGAGCAUAAUUAGGCUUAAUCAAAAAGAAAAUUGAGUGUGUGUUUAAAACAGCAAAUCGAAUAAAAAAAAAAUUAUAUACAUAUUUAGAUAAUGAUACUGAAACAUAUAUAGGAAGGAUAACGAUAACGUUACGUCUAUGUUUUGCUUUAUGUACAAUUCUACUGUUAUAUGCGCAUACAUCUAUAUACAAGCAAACAUAUUCUCGUAUAUAAACAUUAUUAUAAUCAACUUAUAUAUCCAAUAUGUAUGUACGACUAAAGCGAAACGUUAAUUUAAAAUGCUGAAUCCGCAGAAUACCGAAAAGCGUGUAAAUUACAUGAACUAUAUUCACAGAUAUAUAUUCAGAUGUGCUCUCGCUUUAAGGAGAUAUUUUUCAAGAGCAAACAAAUGUUUUUAAAACCUCUAAGAAAGGUGUCUAAAAGUAUGCAGUGAUAUGCAAAUCAUUGGAGGCAUACUUUUGAGCACAACUUCAAGAGAUUUUCAUUUAAAAAAUUUAUUUAAAAUCGAGUGAUUUUAAAUCUUUGUUAAACUGUGUCUAAAAGUAUGCAGUGUUGUAUUUAAAAUUAUUCAGAGCAUACUUUUAGACACUAGUUUAAUUUAAAAAAAAACUCCUAAACACGAGAGCACUUCUGAAUAUCCACUCCAACUUGUAUUUUACAAGCACAGUGGCAGACAGGAAAACCAAACAAAAGAUGUACAAAACUAAAACAUAAUAAAUAAAAAUCAAUUGAGAGAAAAUAAUAAUAAAUCUGCUCAGAAUCGAAUGCUCAAUAUGUGUAUGAACAUAUUUGAAUAUAUGUAUGUUUAUCCCAGCAUCCGCGGCUUACACUUAGUACUUAAUCGAGUCGAUAACUUGAACGCAUUUUUUUGUUGUAUGUGUAUCUAUUAUGGUUGUGCCGAGGCAUCUCAAGUAAAUGCAUUCACACACACACAGACAUCUCUAGGAGAUCCUUUUCAGCUUAGCGGAUUGUCCGAAUACAUGCAUAUGUAUAAAUAAAAGCAGACAGACACACACAUACAUUUUUGUACCCUGAGAAGACAUUACCUUGUGUACCUAACACCCAGAACCUGAAAGAGAAGAGUUACAUAUGCAUAUAUCCGCAGAUCGUUGUUGAUUAAUUGUUGGCACUGGUUCAGUUACAAGAUCUUUGGGUUUUUGAUUUGAAAAGGAAUCCCACUUCCGACUCAGAUCUUUUCGGGAUUGUUAAGUUUACGAAUCUUUUGACUUUCUAUUGCUAAAAGUUUGAAAUGUUUGUACUUUAUUCACAGUGAUAGUUCAGCUUUUGCAUAUACAAAUCGGAGAUUAAUUUAACAAAAAUAGUUCAAUUCUUUAACAGUUGGUUUGCUAAUAGGGGAACUGAAUGUUUUUUUGAUGCUCAGAACCAGGUCAUGGCAUUUAGAUCACUGUUGACAACGGCAUUAACGAUUUCGAUUGGAGAACUUCGCAGGCCAAUAUCAGUAGCUUGAUGAACACACUUCAUUUCUCAACAAUAAAAAUUCGCAACGAAAUUUAGAAAAGGAAACAUAAAUUAUAUAUACAUACAAAUAUAUAUAUAUAAAGACAAAUUUAAGAAAUUACAAUAGGUAUAAAGAUCACAAAAUAAAUGGUAUUUUUAUAUACUACAAAAAAAAAUUCCCCCCAAAAAAAAGAGAAAAACAAAAAACAAAUCGUGGAAAAAAAUGCAAGUUUAGUGCAUGCAAACAGGCUUAAACUUAGCUCUAGCUAUAAAACAUAUUAAUAAAGUAAAACAAAAAUUAAUGGUUUUCAUUUAAAAUCGUAAAUUAUUUUGUUACAUUUAAAAGGUAAUGAAAACAAAACAAAAAACUAAAUAAUAAACAAGAAACAGAAACGCAAAGACUAGAACAACAUUUUGUAAGCUGGAUUAAUUGAGUGAUGGAUCGGUGGUGGCAAGUUAUAUAUAAUACAGCAUAAGCAACUAAGGCAAACUACCAACCGACAAGCGCAGAACAAAGUCCAUUUAGAAGAGAAGCCACACACUCGAAGGUAACCCAAAUAUCUGUCAUAACUUGCUGAAAAAGAAAAUAAUUGGCGGCGACACACCCACACAUUGUAUAAUUUUCAACUCGACCUAAGCUAUAAAAAAAAUACCAGCUAAGAAAUGUAUAACUGACACUUACCCACUCUUCUCACAGCUCUCAGCCUGCAAGGCUAAGGCUUUCCCCCAAAAAAUUUCCACAUUCUCCUCGCUUUUCCUUUCCCCCUUCAGUGAGUCGAGGAAGAGUUUUGAAUUAUCUAAAACAUAAGCACAUCUUACAAAGCAAAAUCGAAUAAAAAACGUAUAAAUAUAUCUAAAUA